AACCGUGGAACCAAGUACUGCACUCGAAGAGUUUAUCAAAUGUAGCGAGAGAGAGUGAGAGUGAGAGAGGUGGGUGCUUGUUUUACAAUUCCUCCUCGCUGAAAGAGAAAGCUUUGGCCAAUGUGACCACGUCUCAGGUUGUCCACAGAGUCAGUCUUGAAAGUUAGGAUCUUGUGAGACUGUGAAAGAGGAACAUUUGGCCUCGCAAGUGUAAUAUUUGUAACAGUGAGAAAAAGAGUUAGAGGGGGCAAGAAAAAAAUAUAUAUUGAGAGGGAUAUAGGGGGAGAGCCCAGUGUUGUUUACGUGUUGUUAGGACUACAAAGAUGAGCAGUUAUGGGAUUACAGCGACUGGAGCGGAGCACCCAUUUGGGACCAAUUUCGACAAGAUUCACCACUUCCAGAACGCUCUCCAUAACAAGGCUAAUUUCUCUGUCAGUCAUCUAUUAGACUUGGAAGAGUUACCCAGUGAGAACUGUGCCAUGUUUGCGAACACCGACCCUCGUCAACAUGUACUCCAGUCCCCCCAGACUUGCUCCCCUCCCCUCAUUGCCGCCCCGAGCCACCCGCGUGCCAGUGAGACGGAGGAGCACGCACACGACAGGCAUGACAACAGUAACACCGAUGACGAUGAUAAAAAAGAUGACCCGGAUGGCAAGCGACGUCGUAAACAACGUCGAAACAGAACAACAUUUAACAGCACACAACUGGCGGCCCUGGAGCGGGUGUUUGAACGCACACACUACCCAGACGCCUUCGUCAGGGAGGAGCUGGCCAGGAGGGUGAACCUCAGCGAGGCCAGAGUGCAGGUGUGGUUUCAGAAUCGUAGAGCUAAAUUUCGUCGAAAUGAGAGGAAUCUAAUGGCACAGCGUCAGAACGUGUUUGGUGGAAGAAACGUGGAAAGCACGCCGAUAGAGCAGCCAAUGACACCCCGCCCUUCUCCCAUGAACUCGGACUAUUUGUCGUGGCCCACGCCCCCUAGCUACAGCCCCGUGACUACGUCAUCAAGUUGUGCCUUGGCAAAUCACUCCUAUUCUCCUUCGCCCAACGUCGGUUCUAGUAUAGCUUGCUUACGAAUGAAGGCGCAGGAAUACAAUGUCAUGCAUUCAUCCUAUGGUCAAAUGCCGCAGUGAUCUUUGACCUUGAAAAAAGAAAAGAAAAAUAUAAACUGUGGCUUUCAACUGAGUACGUGGACAUUAUUUUGCUCAUGGAUUUUAAACCCAAUUUGCUCAUCCGAUUGUUUUGUUACAAAAGACACAAGUUUCUUGUUUAUAACAAUGCAUUGAUGAUACAUCAUAGAACGUGUGUUAUUUAUUGUAAACUGUUAGACUGUUUAUUGUGCUCUUGCGAGCAAGGUUAAUGGCCGAACAUCGAAGACAUGUUUGUUUUUAUAUAAAAUAUCCAUUGUUCAGUUGGCCAACAGCAGUAGUAUAUAUAUAUAUAUAUAUAUAUAUAUAUAUAUAUAUAUCCAAUAUUAUUCUGAACGGAGGAUACACAUCACACAAAGAGACGGUGCAAGAAUAGCUACCUAUGUCGGCCCAGAGCAUUAGUCUAUGAACGCGUGUUUCUGCGAGAGUUCAAGAACACGUGAUUCUGCGAGAUUUAUGAAAUAUUAAAUAUGACACUUCGUGCAGCUUGAAGACUCCGCCCAGGACCAAACUACUGGCCAUGCCAGAGAUAACGGCAAGGGAGGAUAUGGGGAGAGGUGACGGGUGGGGGAGGGCAUGCCCGAAUCUUAUAAGGGUGUGGACACCUAUAAAGAGUUUUUAUGUUCAAAUUCAAGCUUGAAGACGAACAAAAGGGAUUCUCAGUCACCAAGACCUCCUGCGGUGUCAACUGUUGAACUGUGAGUCUAGGAGUCGUGGUUUCGAGUCUUGACAAAGAUGCCUUGUUAUCACCAUGAUAUGUACUGAUCAGUUUUGGCGUUCAAGGAAACCUUUUUUAUGAAACCUUAAUUUGCUAUAUACUAUAGCCUUUUUUUCUAAAACAAAAUCAUAUCAGUACAUAUUGUAACCCUUUACUUUUAGUUCUUUUUUCACUUAGCAUUACGAGAUCAGGCUGUCAGAUGUAAGUGAUCGAAAGUGAUUUUUAUAGUUUCAGUAUUACUUAACAACAAAACGGAGCAUGGGGAAAAUACUGUGUCGCGGAUAUGUGAACACUUUAAAACAUUCGGGAAAUGAAAACCUUAAACUGGAAUACAAACAUACUGAGAUGACACAUGUAAAGUUUUAUAAUUGCGACCAGUGAUCACAUGUUUUGGCAUACAUUAUAUGAAUUCGUAUUAACGAACAAAUCAGUUGAACUCUGAGCUAUUCUAUAGAUUCUACGAAUCAAACCUCGGAGAUAUGACAAUUGGUCACUGUGAUAUGUUGGAGUCGAGGUCAAAUCCCAUAGACGGUUAUCGAGACUUGACUUUUAAAAUAUUCAAAUAGCAGUACAGGGGUAAGUUCUGUCAACCGCUUGUCGCUAACGUCCGCUAGACUGGUUUAGCUCUUCACGUUAAACCAAAUGGCGACGUUUGGAACCAAUCAAAUAGUUCGCGAAAGUUAGCUUUUGUUUGCUGGAUGACCUUGCCCCAGGUAUUACCAUGAAACAGUUACUACAACUAUUACACCUCUUCAUACACCUCUAUUUUAGAUACUGGAGAAUUUUUAACAGACCGACGUGUUUUGAUUGAUCUAUUCAAACUAACAGAUCUACCCAAGAAUUUUCCCGAAGUUAGUGUGCGUUGACGAACAAAUCCGGAGAUUUCAAGAGUUUGUAGUUAUGUUGAGCUGUUGAAUUUGGUCAUCGUGGGUUAUAUACUGUAACCAGCACAUGUAUUUAAAUAAAAAUGAAUACUAAUAGAUUGUAAGAUAGAAACGAGGAAUGAGGGAGAGAUAAUGAGAGAGAGAGAGAGAGAGAGAGAGAGAGAGAGAGAGAGAGAGAGAGAGAGAGAGAGAGAGAGAGAGAGAGAGAGAGAUUGAUGGAGGGAAAAUAAUAAAAUAUAUCGUUAUAAUAAUUUAACAUUCGUAAUCCUGUAACAAUUACUUAUAUACGUAUGAACAAUGUUUCAUAUUUAGAUAGGUGACAUCAUAUGAGAGAAAACAUAUAUAUUAUAGCUCGACCUAGGUGGAAUAAUACAUACACAGUAGAAAGUGUUAGUCGGUUUGUCAACAUGCAUGGCCAUCCAUCUAUCCGUCCACAUUGUUUUAUAACUUCUGUUUUGCCUUUUGUCGUUUGAUUUUCUGUUUCAUGUUAUCAUAGAAACUAUAGUGACAACGAUGUGUUUAGUUUGUGAAAUUACUGUUAGAAAUAUGCCAGUAGUCAAACCUGUAAGUUCUGGUCACACAACGAAAAAACCUUUUGUUUUGCAAGUGACCUUUAUAUGCGAAUUAAAUGUAUUUCUACGUGGAAAUAUCA